AUGAAAUCAUCAGGAAAUAUAGAGUUUGCAAGUUGGAAAGCUGCUGUUUUAAUGGUUACAACCGGUGGUAUCUUGUAUUACUUUUUCACUAGAGAAAAGAGAAGACUAGAAGUUCAACAACAAGCUGAAGCUAAUAGAGGUUAUGGUAAACCAUUGGUUGGUGGUCCAUUUGAAUUGAUCGAUCAAGAUGGUAAGCCAUUUACUCAAGAAAACCUAAAAGGUCAAUUCAAUAUCUUAUACUUUGGUUUCACUCAUUGUCCUGAUAUUUGUCCUGAUGAAUUGGAUAAGCUAGGUCUUUGGUUAGAUAAAUUAAAAUCGCAAGGUAUUAAAGUCCAACCUGUCUUUAUCACCUGUGAUCCAAAUAGAGAUACCCCGAAAGUUGUGAAAGAAUACUUGGCUGAUUUCCAUCCAGAUAUUAUUGGUUUAACUGGUACUUAUGAUCAAGUGAAAAACACAUGUAAGCAAUACAGAGUGUAUUUUUCCACACCUCCAAAUGUUAAAGCAGGUCAAGAUUAUUUGGUUGACCAUUCAAUCUUUUUCUAUUUGAUGGAUUCCGAUGGUGAAUUUGUUGAUGCACUUGGUAGAAACUAUGAUCAAGAUACCGGUCCAGUUAAAAUUAAAGAACAUGUUGACGCUUUUGUUCCAAAAGCUGAACGUGAAAAGAGAAAGAAUGGCGGUUCUUGGUUUUCCAGUUUCUUCUCCUAG